ACGUCUUAUUACUAACAGGUCGUGAUGUCACUCAGUUAAAAGUGCUGCUGGUCCUGUUUGGUGUGUGACAGUCAGAACAGUGACUUCAUGCCAGAAACACACACUCGCAGCCAGACAGCGACAUUAAAGACAACGUACAUUGGAUUUGUGCAGAUCUUUACUGAGGACAUUUAUAGACACACAGGCUGGAGCGAUGGAGCAGGUCAAACUGAAGCAGAAAAAUGAAGAGAAAACAGAGAGCAUGACAGAGGAGAGCUUCCUCAAAGACCUCCACUUCUUUAUGAAGCAGAAAGAAACGCCGAUAGAGAGAAUCCCUCACCUCGGCUUCAAACAGAUUAAUCUGUAUCUGAUGUUUAAAGCGGUGAUGGAAUUGGGAGGAUAUCACCAGGUGACAGCACAGCAGCUCUGGAAAAAAGUCUACAACAUCCUGGGAGGAAACCCUCGCAGCACCAGCGCAGCUACCUGCACACGCCGACACUAUGAAAAACUCCUUCUUCCGUACGAGUAUCACUUAGCCGGAUACGGAGACGAGGUUCCCAUCACACUGCCUCGACAGCGCAAACGCUUCCACCCUGAUGAUGAGUACAACCAGGGCCCCAAACGUGCAGACUUCACAUCGUUACACCAGUAUAAUCAGUACCUCCAACCCAGUCCCAUAUCUCUACCAAGCUACUUGGCCGUGUCCCUGCCCUCCGUCCCAUCCCUCAGCUCUCCACUUCACAGUCGGCCCGUGAUGUCCUACAUCCCUCCUUCACCAAUGGAGACGGGAACCGUUAAACAAUCACUGGAGUUCCUGCGUCACCUCGCUCAGGAGUACAAAUCAUCCUCAGGAUGGACGGAGCCUCUGAACCUCAGCAAGAAACAAGGCAGACUGGAGACAUCCAGCAACAUUCCAUCAUCUUUCACGUCCCCCAGCGUGAAAAAGAAGGAGCCCAAGUUUUUAAAUGAAGCCCCGCCACUUCAACAAGGCAACCAGUCAGUAGUCGGUGAAGCUCCACCUCCUGCGCAAGCACUCAUAAAUCAGACAAUAAGGGAAGAAUCGCAUGUGGUCAACCUCACGUCUUCUUGCUCCAGCAGUCCAAACAUGUGGAAUGUGGCUCCAAGUUCCACUCCUCCUCCUUCUCCUCUUUCUCCUCCUUCUCAUAGGCCAAAUUACCCAAGCACAGUCCAAACCAAACAGGCACCGCAACAAAGUCUACAAGUGCCAGUGUCCAAAUCAGGCUCCUCUACCACAUCUCAGCUGAACCCAGGAACCAUAAACCCAACUUUUCCAUUAGAACCAUAUGCAGGAAUGGAAAUCCAAAUCCCAUUGUCUUUGCUCCAGAAUUUGAUCAAGGGAGGUCUUCUUUUGAACACAGCAUCUAAUCAAUAUCAUCUACCAAGUUCCAAGCCCAACGAAACUCCAUCAUUGCCUGAAAGAAUGACCUCUGAAACUAACGCUGAUCAACCUGCAGAUCUGAGCCUGAAGAACCAAGUGAGAAACAUGAAAAAGGGGGACAUCAACAUGAAUGCUAGCAAGAGUGCUUAUGAAAAACAGACACCUGAGAGCAAACCGUUUGCUGUCAAGCCCUUGCAAAUAGCUCAACCUGCCAAGUUUCCUUUUUAUAGUCAUGUUUCUCCCUUUAAAUCCCCUCAAAGAGUUUUUCAGGAACAAGAAACAUGCAGCAAGCAAGUUCCUCCUGCUACUGUGAGGAUCCCACACCAACCAGGCCUCAAAUUCCCAGGGUAUAGUAAAGAUGUAGCCCAGACUGGAGCCAUCAACUCUGGUAUGAUGUCAGAGAAAACAAUGCUCAAUCCCCCAUUGGAUAAAACGAAACCAUCCUCAGCAUCCUUUGUCCAGAUCACUCCAGAACAUCUGAAACUUCUCUUUUCAAACUCACCAUUUAGACUAGAGAGUGGAAAAAUAUGCUAAGAACUUCAGAUUUGUAUGAAUAUUUAAUAAACCAGUCAGCUCUCAGGUUGAAAUACGUUUUUUCCCCACAUGUUUGAUAAUGUUUUGCUAUAGGCUAAGCUAAACCACCAGACUGGAAUCGAACGUGAUCGAGAUUCAGGGCACAGUUUUGAACAUUGAAUCCACUGCAAUUAUAUGAAAAACUAAUUUAGCAAAGGAUGGCCCUUUUGCCCCCAAACAUUUCUUUAGAUUUUAUAGCAAUAUCUAUUUAAAAAUUUGCAGCUAAUCUCACUGUCAUACCAGUGGUUAUCAAUAUAAACAAUACCGAUUCAAAUUGAGUUCCUGAAGCAGUAUACUGGCUUGUAGAGGCCAUCUCAUUGCUAUGUCUUUGUGAUUAAGAACCAGAAUUGAAAUAAAGCUUAGAGUUACUUUAGACAGAAAUACAUUGAUCUGGCCAUCACCAGAAAAAAAAACUGAAGAAAGUAACACAAAGUUCUCUAUGAUUAUGAAUUAUGAUUUUCAAAAUCCAUGCAAGAAGGCAGCAAUUAUGCUAGUUUAGCACUAAUAAGGCUAACGAGGUACUAAAGUUCUUACAGAUUUGUCUGUGUGGGAAAUUUCAUGCCAACUGGGAGUUCAGGACUUGCCUCAGCUUCCUACUUCCCACUUCAGACCAUUCAUCUGACCUCAACUGUCUGCAGUUAGACAAUAUAAAUGUUCACAGUAAUUAACAUAUUUGCAUAUUUGGCUUCUCAAUGGAUAUUGAUAACAAAUAUAUGGUUGCUGCUUAAUUUUUUUUAAGUAUAGUCCGUUGUAUCAGAUGUUGCUUAAAGACUUUUGGAUCAAAGGGGAGUAUUUACUUCCUAAAUGUCGUGAAUUGUCCAUGUGCCAGAUUUGGAGAUCCUCAUGAUGGCAGUGAUGCGUUUCAAACUUCAUUUCUGUAAUAAAUAUAGUAAAAAUGUUGGUGUUUCAUGUUCACUAGAGAAACUGAGCUGCACACAUGGAACAUCUUUUAAUAACUGCUCUUGAAGGAUGAUAAAAAUCAGGAAUAAGCUGCCUUAAAGCUACAUUUUAUUUUAAUUUUAAGGAAGUACAUAUAGAUUCCUGAAUGAGAACAUUUUUUGUUGUUUUUUACUGUUGUAAAUAUCAUCUAUUUAAAAAAAUAAAAUAAAAAAAAUAAUCAGCAAAAUUGUAGCCUGAUUAACUAUAUAUGUGAAAUUUUCGGUGAUUGUUUUUAUAAUAUUAUUUGAUUUCUGUAGUAUUUACAAUAAGUAAUGAUAUAUUGUACAGUGUCUUGAAUUUUCUAAACAUGAAAAUAAAGAUCUUUUUAAAUUAA